AUGGGCCAGAGCGGGCGCGAUUUCGGCCGCUCCACGAGCGCCCGCCCGAGCGCCGCCGGCGCGGGCCCUACGACUAAGAACAGAGGAGCGGGCCCGGAGAGCCGCCCGCCUCUACCAGAUGCGCCAGAGCGGGCGCGAUUUCGGCCGCUCCACGAGCGCCCGCCCGAGCGCGCCGCCGGCGCGGGCCCUACGACUAAGAACAGAGGAGCGGGCCCGAAAAGCCGCCCGCCUCUACCAGAUGCGCCAGAGCGGGCGCGAUUUCGGCCGCUCCACGAGCGCCCGCCCGAGCGCGCCGCCGGCGCGGGCCCUACGACUAAGAACAGAGGAGCGGGCCCGGAGAGCCGCCCGCCUCUACCAGAUGCGCCAGAGCGGGCGCGAUUUCGGCCGCUCCACGAGCGCCCGCCCGAGCGCGCCGCCGGCGCGGGCCCUACGACUAAGAACAGAGGAGCGGGCCCGGAGAGCCGCCCGCCUCUACCAGAUGCGCCAGAGCGGGCGCGAUUUCAGCCGCUCCACGAGCGCCGCCAGCUGAGCCAGGCGGAGCUGCGAGAGCUGCAGGCGGCGUGGCGGCGCGCCGUAGAGUCGGCGGAACGCCGCCUUGCGGCGCACAUUAACAAUAAAUUUUAG